GAUUAAGCAAAUUAGAACUCGAAGUAGAAAAGCUUCAGUUCGUUAAUUGAAAUAUAAUUUUUUAUAUUCCAGUAAGUCGCUGUCACAAUGGUUCACUACACGAAAUUAUUGACCCACCAGGCAAAACGAGCUGCUCUUUAUGCCGUCGAUGCCCAACAAAGAUGGUUCCAUGCGAGCUGUGCCGUCAGCAGUAAAGUCGCUCUUUCAAAAUUCGACAGCAAUGUUUACUUGCCAUAUGAGAAGCUCGUCCAACGUUUAGAUGUUGUUAAGAAGCGUCUCAAUCGUCCUCUUACAAUGUCUGAGAAAGUUUUAUACUCGCAUUUGGAAGAUCCGCAAGGACAAGACAUUGAACGUGGAACGUCAUACCUUCGUCUUCGUCCCGAUCGUGUUGCAAUGCAAGACGCAACUGCACAAAUGGCAAUGCUGCAAUUCAUCUCAUCAGGAUUGAAGCGCGUCGCUGUUCCAUCAACAAUUCAUUGCGAUCAUUUAAUUGAAGCACAAAUUGGUGGCGACAAGGAUUUGGCUCGUGCUAAAGAACUUAACGAAGAAGUUUAUCGUUUCCUUGAAACUGCUGGAGCCAAAUACGGCGUUGGAUUCUGGAAGCCCGGUUCUGGUAUCAUCCAUCAAAUUAUCUUGGAAAAUUAUGCUUUCCCAGGUCUCUUAAUGAUCGGAACUGAUUCUCACACACCAAAUGGCGGUGGUUUGGGUGGUCUUUGCAUUGGUGUUGGUGGCGCUGAUGCUGUCGAUGUCAUGGCUGACAUUCCAUGGGAAUUGAAGUGUCCAAACGUCAUUGGCGUUCAUUUAACUGGCAAAAUCGGUGGAUGGACAUCACCUAAAGACGUAAUUUUGAAAGUCGCUGACAUUCUCACUGUCAAAGGUGGAACUGGCGCGAUUAUUGAAUAUCACGGAAAAGGCGUCGAUUCAAUUUCUUGCACUGGUAUGGCCACCAUUUGCAACAUGGGAGCUGAAAUUGGUGCAACAACAUCAACUUUCCCGUUCAAUUCUCGUAUGGCUGCAUAUUUGAAAUCAACGAAACGUGACGACAUUGCUGCUGAAGCUGGAAAGUUCAAAGAAGCUUUGUUGAGUGCUGAUGCUGGUGCAAAGUACGAUCAAGUGAUUGAAAUCAAUUUGGAUACCUUAGAGCCACAUGUCAAUGGUCCAUUCACACCUGAUCUUGCACAUCCCAUCAGUAAACUUGGAGAGAACUCCAAGAAAAACGGUUAUCCAAUGGACAUUAAAGUUGGUUUGAUUGGUUCAUGCACCAACUCUUCAUAUGAAGACAUGGGACGAUGUGCUUCAAUUGUUAAGAAUGCUUUGAAACAUGGUGUGAAGUCAAAGAUUCCAUUCAAUGUUACACCAGGAUCUGAACAAGUUCGUGCGACAAUUGAACGUGAUGGAAUCGCACAAACACUUCGUGACUUUGGUGGAACUGUUUUGGCGAAUGCUUGUGGUCCUUGCAUUGGUCAAUGGGAUCGUCAAGAUGUUAAGAAAGGUGAGAAGAACACAAUUGUGACUUCUUACAAUCGAAAUUUUACUGGACGUAACGAUGCCAAUCCCGCAACUCAUUGCUUUGUCACAAGUCCUGAACUUGUCACAGCUUUGUCGCUUGCUGGUCGUUUAGACUUCAAUCCACUGACUGACGAAUUGACUGGAACUGAUGGCAAGAAAUUCAAAUUAGAUUCACCAUAUGGUGAUGAGUUACCAGCCCAAGGUUUUGAUCCAGGUCAGGACACAUACCAAGCACCACCAUCUGAUGGAUCGGCUGUUCGAGUUGAUGUUGAUCCAAAGUCAAAUCGCUUGCAAUUGUUGGAACCAUUCGAUAAAUGGGACGGCGGAGAUCUCAAAGAAAUGACUGUGUUGAUUAAAGUGAAAGGAAAAUGUACCACUGAUCAUAUUUCAGCUGCUGGUCCAUGGUUGAAGUAUCGUGGACAUUUGGAUAACAUCUCCAACAACAUGUUUAUUGGCGCAACAAAUGCUGAGAAUAAUGAAAUGAAUAAAAUUAAGAAUCAAUUGAGUGGUGAUUGGGGUGGCGUUCCAGAUGUUGCUCGUGUUUACAAGUCGAAAGGAAUUCAAUGGGUUGCUGUUGGCGAUGAAAACUACGGCGAAGGUUCAUCUCGCGAGCAUGCUGCACUUGAACCUCGUCACUUGGGUGGACGUGCAAUUAUCGUUAAAUCAUUUGCUCGUAUUCAUGAAACGAAUUUGAAGAAACAGGGAAUGUUGCCAUUGACCUUCGAUAACAAAGCUGAUUAUGAUAAGAUUCAACCAACUGAUAAAAUUACAAUUCUUGGCUUAAAAGACUUUGCACCCGGAAAACCAUUGUCUGCUGAAAUUAAACAUGCUGAUGGAAAAACAGAAAAGAUUACAUUAAAUCACAGCUUCAACGAUCUUCAAAUUACUUGGUUCCGUGCUGGCAGCGCUUUGAAUCGUAUGAAGGAGAUCGCUAAAUAAAUUCUUUAUCUGAGACUUUAUAUGACUAUAUUAGUGGUUGAAAAAAAUCGAAAAGUUUUGUUAAAAUUAUUUAUAAUUCUAGAUGAAAAAACGAAACCAUUAUGCAAGUAGAACUUCAAAUUGAAAAAAAAAAACUUAACGACGACGUGAAGAUUAAAUGAUAAAGUCUUUUAAAAAACAUAAUUAUUACUUUUACCGGUAUUAUUGAUAAGUUUGGAAAGAUCAGCUUGAUCGCAGAUAUUAAUUCGAUGGGGGAAAAUCAUGUUAUUGAUCAAAGCACCAAACUGAAUCUUGUGUCAUCCACUGAAGUUUUAAUAACUAAAAUAAAAGAUCAUUAAAAUUAUAAUUGAUUGAUAUUUCAUUCAAAAUUUGACAAUAAAAAGAAUUUAUUUGAAAUUUGAUUGGAUCAUUAAGGUAUUAAUUAAAGUGUUCAAGC